CACGUCAUUUUCGGAAAGGCGAUUGAUAAUUUAGUACACACGAUAAUGCUAUGCGAAAUCGCCGCCGGUAUUCGUUCGCACUGUGGAUGUCAAUGUAGAAUCGUAUUUUCACCAUAUUUUGCUGUUUUAUGAGAGCUGAUCAACAGAGAAGCUCCAAGGAUGUAACGGGUCAUUGCACUGUGUAGUGCUCUAUUUCUCUCUCUGUCCUCACCUUUGACCUCGUCACCUUUGACCCAAUUUAGUUGCCAAGUUACCCCAGCACUGAUUACUAGAGGACAAGAAAACCAAAUCCUGGUCCUCAUUAGCUCCAGCUGAAAGAAGGCGUCUUCAGCAAAAAAAUGGCAGCAUUUAAGAUCGCCCCACCAAAGAAUGGCAUCUAUGUCGUCCAAGGAGAGAUGCAGUUGGUUGUCACGGCGAUGAGACGGAGUUCAAGAUGGACGACCCAUCUUCCCCAGGAGGAAGAGCAAGAUCCAUUCUUGGUAAACUUCUCAAGGUUGAAAGCAAUCCUUAACAGUAUUGCAGAACUUGGUGCCAUUGAGCCUAAUGUAUUUCUAGGCCCAUUCCUUGAUGUGAUACGCUCAGAUGACACGACUGGACCUAUCACCGGUUUGGCGCUUUCCUCAGUCAACAAAUUUCUCUCGUAUGGUCUCUUGGAUCCCAGUAUAGGAGGAGCAGCACAAGGCAUUGAGAACAUAGCUGAUGCUGUAACACACACCAGGUUCGUCGGGACCGAUCCUAGCUCUGAUGAAGUCGUCCUCAUGAAGAUCCUCCAGGUUCUGAGAACGUUGCUCCUGACACCGGUGGGAAUGUUACUGUCCAAUGAAGCCGUCUGUGAGAUCAUGCCAUCGUGUUUCCGCAUCUGCUUUGAGCUUAGACUCAGUGAACUGUUAAGGAAGUCAGCUGAGCACACGCUGAAUGAUAUGGUCCAAUUGUUGUUUUCAAGACUACCUCAAUUCAAGGAAGAGAAACUAUCUGGAGUCAGAAAGUUGAAGAUGCGGGCAGGUGGCAUCGGAGACUCCUCAAGGAGGCGGAGGUCCCGCCAGUCCCCCAAGGUCCGGCAGGGAAAGAACCGCCUCUCCACCACCCCUAUCGAGGAAACCUCCCCCUCCCUUUCUGCACCCUCCAAUGGGCCCUCCCCUUCUGCUGCUGCUGCUACAGUGGUUAGUCCUCAGUCCUCAGGUCCCGCCUCCCAGGCUCAGGGAGAGACGGGCUCGGUACAGUCUUUGGGCGUCGCCGAGAGUAUACCAGAGGAAAGUUCAGAAAGAGAUAGCGGAGAUGAAUCCCAGUCAGCUCAGGACCUGGACAGACCCUCAUCCCUAGCAAUACCAGAAACGGGAGAAGGAGGGGUAGAUGGGAAGGAUGCCUCUGCAUCGGAAUGCGAGACACCGCAGAUGGGCGGGGUCAUAUCAGUCUCAGGCGAGCAGCGACUGGAUGAAAUCAAGACUGAAGAUGGCAAACUUUCUUCAGCGGACCAAGAGAUGGCGGACUCUGGUGUGGACGGUGCAGAAGACACUGAGUCCAACACGGACUCUGCGUCUUUACACGAAUCAGAGUACGUCAAUCCGCAGGGCAUCCGCUUCACACCGCAACAGAAACAAAAACAUGGAGCAGGACCACCGAUCCCGUAUGGCCUGCCGUGUGUAAGGGAGCUUCUCAGGUUUCUCAUCUCCCUCAUCAACCCCCAUGACAGGCACAACACUGAUCUGAUGAUGCAUAUGGGUCUAAGCCUCCUUACCAUCGCCGUAGAAACGGGAUGCGAUCACAUUCCCUCCUUCUCCACCCUCAUCGCUCUUAUCAAAGAUGAGAUGUGCAAAAACCUCUUUGCACUUCUCCAGACGGAAAGGUUGUCCAUCUUUGCCGCAUCCCUCCGAGUUUGUUUCUUCCUCUUCGAGUCGAUGAGGACCCAUCUCAAGCUACAGCUGGAGAUGUUCAUCCAGAAACUUACAGGUAUCAUCGUCUCGGAGUCUCAACGCAUCCCUUACGAACAGAAGGAAAUGGCACUGGACACCCUUGUUCAGUUGUGGAAGAUUCCGUCCCUGGUAUCAGAACUGUACCUCAACUAUGACUGCGAUCUCUACUGCAGUAACCUGUUCGACAACCUCACCAAUCUCCUUUCAAAGAAUGCGUUUCCAGUAUCAGGAUCGUUGUACACCACCCAUCUGCUCUCGCUGGAUGCCCUACUGGCCGUCGUGGACAGCAUCGAGGCCAGCUGCCAGCAGAGGAUACUCUCAACAAUGUCCUCGGUGACAUCGGACGCUACCGAGAGGUUUGCCACCACCGUCCCUGACUCUGGUGUCAUGAUACAGGUCCAGGAGCCUAAUGAAGAGAACGGAUCUGAGAGCCCAUCGCAUCACGAAACAUCCGAUUCGGAGUCGACCCGCAGUGAUCACUAUGCCAAUGUGGGUCCUCCAACCACUGGUUAUGCAAUGGGACAGAUCAUGGCGCAUGCACUCAAGGAGAAGGAACUGGAAGGGUCACCAGGUAAAGAACAUGCAUCGGACAUCAAACCCAAGACAACACCAAGCAGAAAACAGAGCCGGUUUUCGUCUUCACCCAACCUACCUACUCAGGAGGAGCUGGCUCAGCUCAAACACAGAAAGAAGCUCUUGAAUGGUGGUACAGAGCUGUUCAACCAAAAACCCUCGAAGGGGAUAGCAUUCCUGCAGGAGAAUGGCCUCCUGCCGAACCCCUCGGACCCUCAGGCCAUUGCAGCGUUCAUCAAGGACAACCCCCACGUGGAUAAGAAGCAAAUUGGUGAAUACAUCAGCGCCAAGAAGAAUGCCAAGAUCCUGGACCCUUACCUAGACUUGUUUGGCUUUGCAAACACCAGGGUCGAUGAAGCCUUAAGGAUGCUCUUGGAAGCUUUCAGGUUACCCGGAGAAGCACCAGUCAUUCAACAUCUUCUAGAAUGCUUUGCUGAUAAGUGGCAUACUUGCAAUGGCCACCCGUUUGCCAACCAUGACGCUGCGUUCACACUUGCCUAUGCUAUCAUCAUGCUCAACGUGGACCAGCACAACGACAACGCCAAGAAACAGAACAUUCCUAUGACGUUAGCUAAUUUCAAGAAGAAUGUAUCCAAAGUGAACGGAGGGAAUGAUUUUGAUCAAGAUAUGUUAGGCGAGAUAUAUAAUGCAAUCAAAAACGAAGAGAUUGUGAUGCCUGCCGAACAGAGCGGUCAAGUCAAAGAGAACUAUCUCUGGAAGGUUCUCCUCAAGCGUGGGCAAAAGCCGGGCAGUGAGUUCCUCCACAUAGACGACGGGCAUCUGGACAAGGACCUGUUCCUUCUAGCCUGGGGUCCAACCGUUGCAGCGCUCUCCUUUGUCUUUGAUAAGAGUAUGGAUGACUCCAUUACACAGAAGGCUCUUGCUGGAUUCAGAAAAUGUGCAAUGAUUUCUGCCCACUAUGGCCUAACCGAUGUCUUUGAUAACCUAGUCAUAUCCCUCUGCAAGUUUACUACACUUCUGAACUCACUAGAGACACCAGAGGCGACAGCCAUUGCAUUUGGGUCUAACAUGAAAGCCCAGGUUGCGGCCAAGACUGUGUUCAGCCUUGCGCAUCGUCAUGGUGACAUCCUGGCAGAAGGCUGGAAGAACCUCCUAGACUGCAUGCUCCAGCUGUUCCGUGCCAAACUCCUGCCGAGCGAGAUGGUGGAGGUGAUGGAUUUUGUGGAUCCGUCCGGAAGGAUAUCCCUCAUCAGGGAAGAGAUGCCUACAGUCAAGUCUGAUAUGUCUCUCCUGGGUUCCUUCUACUCCUACUUCUCUCCUGAUUCGUCCGCCCCCAAGGGUCCCACCCCUGAAGAUCAAGAAGCAAUAGAAGAAGCCAGUAACUGUGUUGAGGAUUGCCAUCCGGAGCACCUGAUAACAGAGAGCAAGUUCCUUCGUCUGGAAUCGCUCCAGGAGCUGGUCAAGGCCCUGGUCUGUGCUUCUCAGGGUCCAGAGGCCGUCGACGCCCUAGGCCUGGUCUUUGACGAGGAGGCGGCAAUCUUCAACCUGGAGCUGCUUCUUAGGGUCAUCCUAGAAAACAGAGAUCGAGUGAGUGCUUUCUGGACCGCUGUAAGGGAUCAUUUCUACACCCUGGUGGUGACCAUCUCCACCCCCAGCUACCUGGUUGAGCGCGCCAUCGUUGGUCUGCUGCGACUAGCAAUACGACUCCUUAGGAGGGAGGAGUUCUCAGGGCAGGUACUGACCUCGCUACGCAUGCUGCUCAUGAUGAAGCAAACCGUCAUCUUUGCCAACUGCCGUCAGAUUGCGUUCGGUCUCUUCGACCUGCUGAGGACCAACGCUGCAAACAUCCACUCCUCUCAGGACUGGUUCACCCUGUUCUCACUGCUGGAGUGUGUCGGUGCGGGUGCGGCGCUGCGCCCCUUGGUGCAGCAGACCAAUCCCAUGGAGGAUAGCGGGUCGGGAGAGAUCGAUCAGCGGUCACUGGGCGAACCAGAUGCCCAGUCCGACAGUGAGCUAUCGGCCAGCCGAGAGACCCUUGCCUCUGACCAUGGGUACACCUCGGACAGUGAGCUCUAUAGGAAGUCUAGACGGAGUGGCAGUGAGUCAGAGGGAAGCACCACCAGCAGCUGGCUCGUUGUCAAGAAUUCAAGUGAAGAGUCAAGCCGGCCACUGGUCAACCAGUUCCAGAUUGCCCUGGAGAUGGACAUCUGCCAUCACGACACCAAGUCCCUGACCAAGUGCUGUGAAUCCCUUGCCUUCCUGGUCAGGGACGCUGCCCACGUCACUCCGGCCAACUUUGAAUCCUGCGUCCAUGCCAUCAGGAUGUUUGUAGAGGCCACGGUGAAUGGGGGAAAACUGAGGCAUGAGCACCGAAAGCACCCUAAAGAGCGGAAGUCUGGCAAGAGCCACAAGGGCAGUGCUAGGGUCAAAGGUCGCGACAUGUCCAAGACGAGGUCAGUGCCGGACAAGAUGUCUCAGAUGAUGGGUGGUGAAGGAGACGAGGGUGAGGAUGAUGGUCCACCGGGCGGCUAUCAGGCAUUGUCGAUACAGCUCCUUGAUCUGAUGCAUACCCUGCACACGAGGGCAGCAUCCAUCUUCAGUUCGUGGGCCGAAGAGGAGGAGCGAGAGGGUCAGCAGGUCACCAUCGAUGCCGGAGCUAGUGCAUUGUGGGUCAAGUGUUGGUGCCCACUCUUACAAGGCAUUGCCAGGCUGUGCUGUGACACCCGACGCCAGGUCCGCAUGCAGGCCCUGACCUACCUCCAGAGGGCGCUGUUGGUCCAUGACCUCCAGACCCUGUCUGCGGUGGAGUGGGAGUCGUGCUUCAACAAGGUUCUGUUUCCCCUCCUCACUCUUCUGCUGGAGGAUACGCACGAUCCCGUCGGGAUGGAGGAGACGAGGAUGAGAGCUGCUACUCUGCUUUGCAAGGUGUUUCUUCAGCACCUGACCCCACUGCUCUCCCUGUCUACCUUCACUGCCCUCUGGCUGACUAUACUGGACUUCAUGGACAAGUACAUGCACUCGGACAAGAGUGACCUCUUGUUUGAAGCUAUCCCUGAAUCUCUGAAGAACAUGUUGCUUGUCAUGGACACUGCCGGAGUGUUUGGGUAUCCAGAGCCGGGUUCCCAAAGCCAUCAGCUAUGGAUCAACACCUGGGAGAGAAUCGAUUGCUUCCUCCCGGGCCUCAGGAAUCAGGUCUUCACCCCUCAAGAAACUGCUCCCGUUUCCAAGCCCAAGUCUGAAGCCAACGUUCCGAAGCCAGAUGUCAUCCCCAGAGAUGGAGCUGUGAGUCCCAUUCAGAAUGGACCUUCUCAAGCAGCAACCCCCAACAAUGCAGAUAUGCCAGCUACUGCCCAGCAACCAUCUCCCCGUUCUGAAACCCCCUCCCCCUCCCCAGCCACCCAGUCUACCGAUGCCACGCCUCCACCACCGGCCUCCAGUCCCUCUCCACCACCACCACCAGCACCACAGACCAUGCCCGCUGCCCCAGACACCGUGCAAUCCAACAUCAUCCUUCAGCCGCCCCUCCCCCACCUCAUGCCCCCGGGGACAGGGAAAGAGAUCGGAGGGACCAUCCCCAUAUUGCUGGACCCCAGCGUGCUUCAGGGGUCACCGGUGCCAUUCAUAGCAGUGUCACAGUCCCAGACCGCAACAACAGGGAGCUCCUAA